AUGACGCGGCCGGCUCCCAAGCCCGUGUCGCCGUUCGCCAAGUUCCGACAGCUUGAGAAGCAGAACUCUACCACCAGUCCCAACUCGCCCAAGUCACCGCAGAGCCCGGGCUCUCCGUCGCAGCCCUUCUUCAAGUUCACCGACCCCGCGCUGCAAGCCAGCGCUGUCACUAUUAAAGAACGGUUGCUGCAGUGGUGUCGUGACAAGACACGGGACUACGAGAAUGUGAAGCUGGAGAACUUCUCGACGAGCUGGUCGGACGGGCUGGCGUUCUGCGCGCUCGUUCACCACUUCCUCCCCGACGCGUUCGACUACUCCAAGCUCACGCCCGAGAAGCGGCGCCACAACUUCACGCUCGCCUUCAAAGUCGCCGAUGAGAAGGCGGGCAUCUACCCGCUGCUGGACGUGGACGACAUGGUCGCCAUGCGCAAGCCGGACUGGAAGUGCGUCUUCACGUACGUGCAGGCCAUCCACCGCCGCUUCAAGGAUGAGCGCUGA